AUGGCUCCUGCUACGGUCGCUGCCGGCAACGACCGGAAGUUCAACUGGGACGACGACGACGAAGACGACUUUGAUCUCGACACUUGGAAGGCCACUGUGGAUACUUCGUUACCCAGUGUCGAGGACCUCGGCCCGCUCCAACUGUUUCCUCGUGAGGAGCCAGACAAGGCCGGAGAAGAAGACGACGAUGCGGAUUGCGCCGACCCCGACCUCACCUACUGGAGUGACGCCGAUACGCUGAGCAUCAACGACAUGGACGCCAACGAGUGGCCCAUUGUCGCCGCAGACGGUGCACACUACUCAUCCAGCCCGGAAGGCGACGACCAAGCACCUUUUGAGAACGCGUACAUGACCAUGGUCAACUAUAUCCUAGAGGAACAGAUUGCUUCUGCACGCCAUGAAUAUCUCAUUCACGCCAUUGGUCCGUACUAUGACGGCAAAGAGGAAGCAGACGCGCCCGCCUAUCCUGAACUAAGCUCUUACGGGGACCAGCGGUAUAGAUACGCGCGAGCUUUUCGCGCUGAAAAGUACGCCAAUGGCAAGAGAAACGCAGAGGUUUAUCGCCAUUCUCCGCUCGUUGUCGUUACAGCAAUUGAAGAGGCGCAUCUGAUGGAUGAAGAGAAGAAGCGUAAUGAGGAGCGUCAAGAAGAGGUCUUGGUACAUGUCGACAUUGACCACGACCCAGAAGAGGUGGAUUUCCAAGCACCGGUGUUUAACAUUUCUCGUCAAGAGGCUGGACGAGACGCGAACGCCCAUGUAAAGCUCGACAAGCUUCCUGCUCACGAGCAUUUUUCGAAAGACGAGCUCGCCGAGUUGAUCAAGAUGUGGAAGACGCAACAAGAAGAGGAUGGCGAGGACUCGGAUGACGAGGACGCGACGUCGAUUGAUUCCUGGGAGAAGAGCGAUACACCCGACGACGUUGACAGUUCGGCCAUGUUACCCAGUGUGCGACAACCUGAAGCAUCACGUUACAACGAAGAGCUCGAUUUCAACGACGUCGUUUUCAGCGGAGACUACGAACAUGCUACCCCAGAUGAAGGAUACAUUUCUUCUUCGCCACCCGUCUCGCCCCUCAUGGACGACUACAUUGACGAAUGCGACUGGCAGACGCAAUCCACCGAGGCGUCGGUUCGUCCUAAGCCGGCCGCGCGCGUCGACUCUAUGGAUGCGCUUGACGAGCUCGGUGCAGCCAGCGCGCACCACCCAGCCAUCGAUGACCUCGACGAAGACGGAGACUCUGUAGAAAUGAUGCCGACUAAUCGCGAGUACGGCAAAUCCAACAACGGACCACGCGCCCCGCUAAUCUAUAACACCCAAUCCGUUGCGCACAGCGACGAUAGCGACAGCAAGACCGAAAAUACACGCGUGUACCAGACCCUCGUCCCAAAAUAG